CCCCUCCCACGCCUUAUCGCCGCCCAGUGAGGCCAGGCCUUCAAUCAUGACCAUCUCGCUCCUAGCUUGUGUCCUCAUCUGUGUUUCGAGAGAGGCUGUUUGUCGUCUAUGGCAAUGCCGUGACGAUGACAUACGACAUCCCGCGUCACACGGCCUGCGAGUGGUGUGGCCAUGGCCCAUCUCUGUUCGCGACACCAACACGGCACAAUCAUAGUCAACUCACCCACCCCCACAUCCCACUAAGGCAACAGACUAGACUGACAGAUUGCCAUUUUGGGGGGGGGGGCAACCGUCAGCGGCGUCCUCUUCAGUUUGCCCACUGGCCAGGAUGGUGUGUCCUCGCCUUCCCUCUGUCUUCGGAUUGCGCACGCGACACUGACACGGGAUUUGAUCGUCUCGAGGGGGUUUGGGGGCGAGGGAGAACUUUUGCAGAGACGUCUCGGCGGGCGCCACUGCGGAUUUGGAGGAGAUGGAGGAGGAGGAAGAGGCCUUGCAGAACAAAAGCAGAGCCAACAAGACAAGCAAUUGGGCCAAAGCUUGGAACAUGCUGGCAGCCCGAGUCUUGGCUCUCGAUGGAAACGAGGCACUUUUGAAAGAGACCUAGCGUAAUCACUGGGACAUGAAGGCCAAGACUGCCGUUUUUUCUUCUUUGUGUCUCUCUUUUC